UCCCCGCGAUCCCCGCCGUCCGCGCCCUCGACCCGGCCAUGGCGCUGACCGAGCCCAUCCUGCCGUCCUUCUCCACAUUCGCCAGCCCGUGCCGCGAGCGCGGCCUCCAGGAGCGCUGGCCGCGGCCCGAGCCCGAGGUGGGCGGCACGGACGACGACCUCAACAGCGUGCUGGACUUCAUCCUGUCCAUGGGGCUCGACGGGCUGGGUGCUGAGGCCGCCCCGGAGCCAGCCCCGCCGCCGCCGCCGCCGCCGCCGCCGCCGCCGCCCUUCUUCUACCCGGAGCCGCCCCCGCCCUACGGCGGCCCUGGGCCCGAGUUGCUGCGGCCCGCGCCGGACGCGGUCCCCGCGCUGCACGGCCGCUUCCUGCGGGCGCCCCCCGCACGCCUGGUGAAGGCUGAGCCUCCCGAGACGGACGGCGGCGGCUACGGCUGCGCGGGGCCGCGGGGCCUGAAGCGAGAGGCGGGCCCGGGCGCGGCGGCCGCCUGCAUGCGGGGCACUGGUGCGCGUCCCCCGCCGGCGGACACGCCACCGCUGAGCCCCGACGGCCCCGCACGUCUGCCCCUGCCCGGCCCGCGCGCGCCCUUCGCGCCAUCCUUCGGCGGGCCCGGCUUCGGGGGCCCCGCGCCCGGCCUGCGCUUCGCGGCCCCGCGCCCGGCCGCCUUCGGGCUGUUUGAGGACGCGGCCGCCGCCGCCGCCCUGGGCCUGGCGCCCCCCGCCGCGCGCGGGCUCCUCACGCCUCCCGCGUCCCCCCUGGAGCUGCUAGAGGCCAAGCCGAAGCGCGGCCGCCGCUCGUGGCCCCGCAAGCGCACGGCCACGCACACCUGCAGCUACGCAGGCUGCAGCAAGACCUACACCAAAAGCUCGCACCUCAAGGCUCACCUGCGCACGCACACAGGAGAGAAGCCUUACCACUGCAACUGGGACGGCUGUGGCUGGAAGUUCGCGCGCUCCGACGAGCUCACGCGCCACUACCGCAAGCACACGGGCCACCGGCCUUUCCAGUGCCACCUGUGUGAGCGGGCCUUCUCCCGUUCCGACCACCUGGCCCUGCACAUGAAGAGACACAUGUAGCCCCGCACCCCUGCACCCCGCCCGCGGCCGUGGCCGGUCCCACGCGUCCGUAAGCCCGCUCCCAUGCUGUGACUGUAUUUAUUGGACCCCAGGACCGGGCUGGACAGCGUGGCCACUGCAGGCCCAGGCCACCACGCCGGCCACCAUUCGCUCCAACCGCAAGCCCCGGAGGGGAGACGCCCCAGUGUUGAUCU